AUGGCGAAAACAGAAUUAAUCGACUCCCAUGUUUCCGUGAAACAGUGCACGCGAGCCGUACACGCACUGCACGCAUAUGCCCUAAAAAAACAAAAAGACCAGGAGGAAACCGAACUUUUACCAUCCAACGAGCAACAUGUAUGGCUACAAAUCACAGUGAAGCGGAUGCACCCCGAACACAAGAUCAAACCAUUCAAAAUCCCACUCAAGCAUGCUCUCAUCGAUCCACGAGUUACGUCCGUCUGUCUCAUCACCAAAGAUCCUCAGCGAGAGUACAAAGACCUUCUCGAGUCUCAUAAAAUCAAAUUCAUAUCAAGGGUCGUCGGGAUAACAAAACUCAAGGGCAAAUUCAAGUCCUACGAAGCCAGGCGAAUGCUGCUGAAAGAGAAUGGGAUGUUCCUAGCAGACGAGCGCGUCAUUCCUUUACUGCCGACCUUGUUGGGAAAGAAGUGGUUUGAUGCAAAAAAACAGCCAAUCCCGGUCUGCUUGACGCGUAAAGACCUCAAGGGUGAAUUAGAACGAGCCAUCGAGUCGAGCUACAUGCAUCAGAACAGAGGGACGUGCACGUCUGUUAAGAUCGGUCUGCUAUCACACACGCCAGAAAAAAUCCUCGACAACAUGAAAAUAUCUCUCCCCGCCAUCGUGAACAAUAUAAAGGGUAACUGGGAUAACAUUCAAAGUCUUCACAUCAAGACGAAUUCAAGUAUCAGUCUACCGAUAUGGACAUGCGAACUCGGGAGUGCUACUGGUGGACGGUGGGAUGGUAUGAUCCAAUCCAAGGACGCACCUGAGGAGAGUAAGUCAGAUGAAGACUCUGAUUCCAACGACAUAGAUAUGGAUUCGGAGGAAGAUGUGCCGGAAGUGCCAGUCAGCAAGGGUAAGAGCAAGGGCACGAAGAAACCCCUGAACGAGAUUGUUACGAAGUCGGUUACACCGAAGGAGGUGAAACAAAAACGGAGCACUGAAGCAGCGGAGAAGAAGAAAGUGAAGAUUGUAAAAGGUGGUCCAGCAAAGAGUGCGAAGGGAGCCCUUAUUGGCAAAAAGCCAGGUCGACCGUGA